GGCGAAGGAUGGAGAGGGUUAGGAGGCGUGACUCGAGAUAGAGUUAUCAAAUCACGGCUGAUCACAGCGGACAUUUGUCAAAGAUUGCGAACCAACUUUUAAACAGUAGCCUUACGAAGGCCUGUGAUUGUGCUUGUGCUUGUUUCCCGUGAAGAUUAUUAUCAGCGAGCGCAAUGGAAACGUACGAAAGCGUCCUUCUGGUGAAGUCAGAAGUUUUUGUCUUCAAAAUUCCGCCAAGGUCAACUAACAGGGGUUAUCGGGCAGCUGAUUGGAACUUACAAGAACCUUCAUGGACUGGUCGCAUGCGAUUAGUGUCGCAAGGGGACAACAUAACGAUUAAGCUGGAGGAUAAAAUUACGGGUGAAUUAUUUGCCAAGUGUCCAAUCGAACAAUAUCCUGGAAUAGCUGUAGAACCAGUCACCGAUUCUUCCCGAUAUUUUGUUCUGAGAAUCCAAGAUGACAAUGGACGGUCAGCUUUUAUAGGUGUUGGAUUCUUAGACAGGUCCGAUAGUUUUGACUUGAAUGUCGCUCUUCAAGAUCACUUCAAAUGGUUAAAGAAUCGAGAACAGAUUGAGAAAGAGAAAGAAAAGCCAAAACAAGAGUUGGAUCUCAGAUUUAAAGAGGGUGAAACCAUCAAAAUUAACAUGAAGAUUACUAAAAAAGAUGGCAGUGAGGUCUCAUCUAAAUCCAAACAACGUACCAAUCCAGCUGUGGGUUUGCCACCUCCUCCAGGUGGUGUUAAGAUUGCUCCACCACCAGCAAAGACUCCUACUUCCUCACCAGCACACAAACCGUCACAGAGUCAAAGUCAGAAUCAAGAUACUACAAGUUCCGAAUGGGGAGAGUUUGCCAGUGCUUCUCAGCCAGCAUCAGCACCCACACCCCCAGUGGCCAAUGCCAGUUGGGUACAAUUCUAACUUUAAAAAAAUAUAUGUAUAUAAUAUUAUAUAUAUAUUUCCAUAUAUAUACAGGGUGAUUUUGGAAUAGGUCAAAUUUUAGAAGCGUAUUCUUGCUUAUAUUGUUUUUAUGGUGGUUAUUUUAAGCCUAUAUGUGGCGUAAUAUUUUUGUUGUUGCUGAAAAUAGUUUUUUCAGUAUAAUUAAUUGCUUCAUAUCCGCAUUAUUGACUGUCAUUGUUAAAAGAUUCUUGGCUUGAUUUACUAUUGUUUAUAAAUAGACUGAUGACUUAUUCAUAUGUUAUUGUUGUCAAUGUGUCAACAUGUAUCGUUAAUAUAUAUUCUUAAAUCGAUAUGUAUAUAUCGAAAUUUCCAGAUUAAUAUACGUAUAACUUUAUAUUUUUAAAGUUAUUUAUAGUUAUAUAAAGUUAUAAAUAGAUAUGUCCUAAACUUUGACCAUCUAUUUUGAAAUCAUCCCGUGUAUUAAAGUUAAUAACAUAACCGAUUACAUAUAAGUUAGAGACUUUAAAAAUAACUAUUGGAAGGAUGUCUCUAUGAGUAGCAGAGAGUCUGAAAUAUAUUUCCAAUACUAUAUAGUGUGCAGUGAAAUUAUAGCAGCAUCCGUGAAAGGGGUGAUAUUUCUCAUAAAAAGGUCACAUGAAUGGAAGUUUUACGAGAAGAAAAAUUUUUAUAUCAAACUUUAUAUUCAGACAAAUAAUUUUAUAAAAGAAUUUUUUUUCUAAUUUGUCUUAAUUAUACGUAUGAGUAGUUCUUAAACUAGUUUUCUUCUUUGAAACUAGUAAUUUAUAUUAAAAAAAAAAACUAUUAUUUCUUCAUUAACCCCUUCUCGAUUGUUCUACGAUUCUCUAGCACCCUGUAUAUAAUAGUAUUGUACUUAUAAAUACCAUU